AGUGAUAGCGACGACAUAUUCGACAGAACCCAAAAGCAGAAGCUGCUUAAUUCGAUUAAGGACUCAUUCAGCAGCCCAUCCGUGCUGUCAAAACCGAGAAAGCAUGAAUCAGAUCCUGACGAACAUUUCCUCAUGUCGCUGUCGGCUGAUUAUCCUGGGAAACGGCACCCAGAAGCAGAAAUAUAUGUGAAGAGAGGCAUCAAAAACGAAAAACUCCGGAUGGAUCUCACGUCCCGCCUGUUUGAUAUAUUUCGUAGGCAGUGCUUUAAGGAUGAAUUACCCGAGUUUCUACCCGUGAAGUGGAACAACCGCUUAUGCAAAACUGCAGGGAUGUGCCGCAAUAUGUCAGAUCGCACUAGCUGGAUCGAGCUCUCACCAAAAGUAUGCAGCACUCCUGAUCGUGUCCGUGACACAAUUAUUCAUGAAUUAUGUCACGCAGCUGUGUGGGUAGUGGAUGGUCGACGGAAAGAAGGACAUGGUCCACUAUGGAAGAAAUGGGCUUCUCAAUGUAUGCAACGGUUCCCUUCACUACCCGUAAUUGGACGAUGCCACGAUUACGAAAUCGAUGCCAAAUUUAUCUACGAGUGUGGUGGCUGCGGACAAAAAGUGAGACGCCACACUAAAUCGCUGGACAUUGAUCGGAAGAUAUGUGGAAUCUGCAAGUGUCGGUUCACACUUCAAGUGCGUACACGUACAAAGAAGGCAACGGGUGCAGGUGAUGCGUCAGAACU